UUACAGUAACAGCCCUUUUCUGGCGUGUUGGUCUGGUUGUCGUGGAUGUUAAUGUCUUUACUAAACAGGAAGGACAGUUCUGCAUCCACUACUUGUGUUCUGACUGCUUUUAUAAGGUUUCAACACUUACUUCUUGUUUUCACUCACUACCAGACAGUUGACUCACUGUACAAGACCUCUCCUCUUCACUUCACUCUACUGCAGGGUGGGAGAUGCAACAAUGGCCUUGAGAACAGCAGGAAGUGUGUUGGUGGUCUUUCUCUGGUCUGUAGCAGUGGUACUGAGUCAGAAUGGCUGGAGUGUUACAUACACCACUCAGAGUAUCUGUACCUUGAAGGGGUCAACAGUGGAGAUGUCCUGCUCUUACACAUAUCCCAGAGGUUAUACAGUCACAACAACCUUGUGGUUCACUGAAAUGUAUGAUGUGGAAAAUUAUGUCAGUCUGUUAGAUGACCCAGACUACAAAGGUCGUGUGAUGUACCGUAGUGAUAAGAUGAAUGGACACACCCUGACAAUCACAGACCUGAGAGAGAGAGACUCAGCUACGUACAAAUUCAGAUUUACAACAAAUCAGACCAGAGGGAAAUAUUUUGGGAGCCCUGGAGUCACUUUGUCUGUUACAGCUCUGCAGGUGAAGGUGACUUCUUCAAGCUGGCAAAAUCAGGUGACAAUUAUCUGUAUCACCACCUGUACUCUGAGUAACCCCAACCCCACCUACAUCUGGUAUAAGAACGGACAACGUCUACAUGAGAGCACCUCCCCCCAGUACAAAUACUCAGUCUACACUAACAGUAAAGACAGCUACUCCUGUGCUGUAAAAGGCCAUGAGGCUCUCCACUCUCCUGCAGUGUGUGUUCAGGGUCAGAGAUGCUACAGAGUGACUUACACCAAGAGGAGAAUCUGUGUCUUGAAGGGGUCAACAGUGGACAUAUCCUGUACUUAUGUUGGUUAUUAUUCCACCACAUCAGUCUGGUUUAGUCCUAAACAGAGUGACAGGUGGAGGGACAAGUCGACCCCUGAGGACCUAACCAGAGACCCAGGAUAUGCAGGUCGUGUGAAGUACCCUGACAAAGAGACACGGAGAAACGAAGGUCCCUCCACCCUGAGAAUCACAGAUCUGAGAGAGGACGACUCAGCUGAGUAUCGCUUCACUUUUAAAACAGAAGACUUUGAAUGGGGUCAUAGUUUCCCAGGAACAACUCUGUCUGUCACAGGUCUGCAGGUGAAGGUGACUCCUGCUGCAGAGGGACAGAAGACACUGACCUGUAUCACCACCUGUACUCUGACUGGUAACCCCACCUACAUCUGGUACAAGAACGGACAACGUCUAGAUGAGAGCACCUCCCCCCAGUACAAAGACUCAGUCUCCAGCAACUAUGAAGACAGUUACUCCUGUGCUGUAAAAGGCCAUGAGGAUCUCCUCUCUCCUGCAGUGUGUGUUCAGGGUCAGAGAUGCUACAGAGUGACUUACACCAAGAGGAGAAUCUGUGUCUUGAAGGGGUCAACAGUGGACAUAUCCUGUACUUAUGUUGGUUAUUAUUACACCACAUCAUCAUUCUGGUUUAGAAGUGAUAAGUCGACCCCUGAAGACCUAACCACAGACCCAGGGUAUGCAGGUCGUGUGGAGUACACUGGAACAUACAGAGGUCCCUUCACCCUGAGAAUCUCAGAUCUGAGAGAGGAGGACUCAGCUGAGUAUCGCUUCACUUUUAAAACACACAACUUUGACUGGGGUCAUAGUUUCCCAGGAACAACUCUGUCUGUCACAGGUAAUACUACACUGUAUGAUACAACUGUGAAGGUGACUCCUGCCGCAGAGGGACAGAAGACACUGACCUGUAUCACCACCUGUACUCUGACUGACAACCCCACCUACAUCUGGUACAAGAACGGACAACGUCUUGAUGAGCCCACUUCCCUGCAAUACUCUGUCAAUAGUUAUUAUUCAGACAGCUACUCCUGUGCUGUAAAAGGCAAUGAGGAUCUCCACUCUCCUGCAGUUUGUGUUCAGGGUCAGAGAUGCUACAGAGUGACUUACACCAAGAGGAGAAUCUGUGUCUUGAAGGGGUCAACAGUGGACAUAUCCUGUACUGUUGGUUAUUAUUCCACCACAUCAUCAUUCUGGUUUAGAAGUGAUAAGUCGACCCCUGAAGACCUAACCAGAGACCCAGGGUAUACAGGUCGUGUGAAGUACACUGGAACAUACAGAGGUCCCUUCACCCUGAGAAUCACAGAUCUGAGAGAGGAGGACUCAGCUGAGUAUCGCUUCACUUUUAAAACACACAACUUUGAAUGGGGUCAUAGUUUCCCAGGAACAACUCUGUCUGUCACAGGUCUGCAGGUGAAGGUGACUCCUGCUGCAGAGGGACAGAAGACACUGACCUGUAUCACCACCUGUACUCUGACUGACAACCCCACCUACAUCUGGUAUAAGAACGGACAACGUGUAGAUGAGCCCACUUCCCAACAACACUCCAGUAAUAUGCUGGUGGUCUGGGAUUCUACUGUGGACAUUUACUCCUGUGUUGUUGGAGGUCACGCGGCUCUCCACUCUCCUGUAGUCUGUUUUCAGGUGAAGGUGACUCCUGAACAGUUUUCAGAGUAUAAGACACUGACCUGUAUCACCACCUGUGUUCUGACUGGUAACCCCACCUACAUCUGGUACAAGAACGGACAGAUAGUAACUGACAACACUUCUCCCUAUUCAGUCCUCCCUGAUGCUGCAGACAGCUACUCCUGUGCUGUAAAAGGCCAUGAGGGUGUUCAGGGUCAGAGCUGCAACAGAGUGACUUUCACCAAGAGGAGAAUCUGUGUCUUGAAGGGGUCAACAGUGGACAUAUCCUGUACUUAUGUUGGUUAUUAUUCCACCACAUCAUCAUUCUGGUUUAGAAGUGAUAAAUCGACCCCUGAAGACCUAACCAGAGACCCAGGGUAUGCAGGUCGUGUGAAGUACACUGGAACAUACAGAGGUCCCUUCACCCUGAGAAUCACAGAUCUGAGAGAGGAGGACUCAGCUGAGUAUCGCUUCACUUUUAAAACUCACAGCUUUGAAUGGGGUCAUAGUUUCCCAGGAACAACUCUGUCUGUCACAGGUCUGCAGGUGAAGGUGACUCCUGCUGCAGAGGGACAGAAGACACUGACCUGUAUCACCACCUGUACUCUGACUGACAACCCCACCUACAUCUGGUACAAGAACGGACAACGUGUAGAUGAGCCCACUUCCCAACAAUACUCUAGUAAUACCCUAGUAGUGUUGGGUCAUUCUGAGGACAGUUACUCCUGUGCUGUAGAACACCAUGAGGACCUCCACUCUCCUGCAGUGUGUGAGUAUGAAUUAAACUACUAUUCUACUUAG